CAGUAGCUCUGCUCUGGAGUCGACAAGCUCACUGCAGUUAGUAGAGCCCUUUAGACGUGCGAGUACACUCCAAAGAGACAAAUCACUUUUACUCGCUUUCGCAAAACCUGAGGACUUCAGAAAGGAUCAAUAUAUAUUAAAACGGUGUAAUAUCUGUGCCUUUUCGGAUUUUUCCUUUCUUUCUAGUUGUAGGGAACGUGUAAAAGGGCAGCUAGUUUUCACAAUGGCGACAGCUGCGGUAUCUGCCUGUGCUGGCAGCGGCCCCAACCCCGGAUCGGGCGCAGAGUUGGUCCGUGGACAGGCCUUCGAUGUCGGGCCUCGCUACCACAAUCUCUCCUAUAUCGGCGAGGGCGCCUAUGGAAUGGUGUGCUCUGCGUAUUGCCGUGACAACAAGGUUCGCGUGGCGAUAAAAAAGAUCAGUCCCUUUGAGCACCAGACCUACUGCCAGCGGACGCUCCGAGAGAUUAAGAUUCUGCUGCGCUUCAAACACGAGAACAUCAUUGGCAUCAACGACAUCAUCCGUAUGCCAUCCAUUGACCAGAUGAAGGAUGUGUACAUUGUGCAGGACCUCAUGGAGACAGACCUGUACAAGCUGCUGAAGACCCAACACCUGAGCAACGACCACAUCUGUUACUUCCUGUACCAGAUCUUGAGAGGCCUCAAGUACAUCCACUCUGCCAAUGUCCUGCACCGAGACCUCAAGCCCUCCAACCUACUGCUCAAUACCACCUGUGACCUCAAGAUCUGUGACUUUGGUCUGGCACGUGUAGCAGACCCGGACCACGACCACACAGGUUUCCUGACAGAAUAUGUAGCCACUCGUUGGUACCGAGCGCCUGAGAUCAUGCUCAACUCCAAGGGUUACACUAAAUCUAUUGACAUCUGGUCAGUGGGCUGUAUCCUGGCAGAGAUGCUGUCCAACAGACCCAUCUUCCCUGGGAAACACUACUUGGACCAGCUCAACCAUAUACUGGGUAUCCUAGGUUCUCCUUCCCAGGAGGAUCUGAACUGCAUCAUCAACAUCAAGGCCAGGAAUUACCUGUUGUCUCUCCCGCUGCGCUGUAAAGUGCCCUGGAACAGGCUGUUCCCCAACGCCGACCCUAAAGCGUUGGACCUGCUAGACAAAAUGUUGACCUUUAACCCCCACAAGAGAAUUGAGGUGGAGGAGGCUCUGGCUCACCCUUAUCUGGAGCAGUACUACGACCCCACGGAUGAGCCUGUAGCAGAAGCUCCCUUUAAAUUUGACAUGGAGCUGGAUGACCUCCCCAAAGAGACACUGAAGGAGCUCAUCUUUGAAGAGACGGCACGUUUCAACACUGUCUGCAGGUCCUAACCUACAUACAGAUCAGACUGCUCUGGGCACUCCUCUACUGCUCCUCUAAAAAUCAGACUGCCCUGGACACUCCUCUACUGCUCCUCUAAAGAUCAGACCGCCCUGGACGCUCCUCUAUUGCUCCUCUAAAGUUCAGACCGCCCUGGACGCUCCUCUACUGCUCCUCUACAGGUCAGACUGCCCUGGACGCUCCUCUACUGAUCAGACUGCCCUGGACGCUCCUCUACUGCUCCUCUACAGAUCAGACUGCCCUGGAUGCUCCUCUACUGCUCCUCUACAGAUCAGACUGCCCUGGACGCUCCUCUGCUCCUCUACAGAUCAGACUGCCCUGGAUGCUCCUCUACUGCUCUUCUGCAUUGUGUGCUGACCAGACCCCUCCCUCUGACCAGACCCCUCCCUCUGACCAGACCCCUCCCUCUGACCAGACCCCUCCCUCUGACCAGACCACCACCUUCGGGAAUGGUGUCAGGAAUCAGUCCCUCUUUAUUUCUCUCUCCAUAGUUCUGUUUCUGCUUUAACUUUCUGAUCCUCAACCUCUUCCCCUCCUCCUCAACCUCCUCCCCCUCAUUCUCUUGUUUGUCUGCAGGUUGUGGGAGGUUCAUAUCUUGGCUUAUUGUGGAGGAGCUGCUUGUCUUAUGUGUAUCAAGCCAAGGUGAACAAAUAGAGGUCUCAAUGUCCCAAUUCACUGUGUUACCUAUAGAGUGCUCUGCUUGGGUUCCAUAGUGUCCCACAGGGAAUAUGGUGAAUUUGGGUUCUGGCAACUCACCCUUGGGUUCUGGCAACUCCUGUUCAAACUAACAGUGAGUGACUUUACUGUUGUGUUUUUAGUGCAAUCUGUUGUUUAUGGUUCAGUCGUUAUUGUUGCCAUGCUGCGGCCUUGGGAGACUGUUGUCUGUCUGUUGUCUGUCUGUUGCCAUGCUGCAACCUUGGGAGACUGUCUGUCUAUUUUUUGUCUGUCUGUUGCCAUGCUGCGGCCUUGGGAGACUGUUGUCUGUCUGUCUGUUGCCAUGCUACGGCCUCGGGAGACUGCUGUCUGUCUGUCUGUUGCCAUGCUACGGCCUCGGGAGACUGCUGUCUGUCUGUCUGUUGCCAUGCUACGGCCUCGGGAGACUGCUGUCUGUCUGUCUGUUGCCAUGCUGCGGCCUCGGGAGAUUGUCUGUCUGUUUGAGAGGCUUUACGUUUUCAGUGAUCUUUUUAUCCUUUUUACUUUCAAAGUAUCUGAAGCCAAGCUAUGAUCAGGGAAAUCAGAGAUGUUAUCAAUGACAUCAUAAGUGACAUCAUAGAUGUUGUGACAUUACUCUACCAAGACCCCCCAGCAAUGUUGAAAUAAACUAAUUUAUGCAAUGACAAUACUGAUGAUAACUAGUCAGACAGACCAUAUGUUGUUGAGACAUGGUAAAAGAUAUAGGGGGGAGGGGCAUAUGAUUGAUUGACGGGGUGGCUGGUCUUAGUCUUUGAGUUUAUUUAGUGGGUGUUUUUUGUUCUGGGGUUGUUUUUUUCAGACUUUCUCUAUUCACUUAGGAACCUCUUGGUAAAUCAAAUUCAACUACCAAAGGGAUUGCUCCCACAAAGACAGACAGAACAAUGCUGGAGUUUUCACAGUGGCAACAACGCAAGCUUAAAGCUCCUGCCGCAAAACUAUGGUGGUUAGGGACAUUUAUUUAAGUUGAUUAGAAAACAAUCCCUCUCGUGUCUGUAAAAUAAAAACUAAGUGCAUCUGUGCUGAAUGAGUUUCUGUCCUCGUUCUGUUUGGGGCUCUAUAACAGUUUGACUGUGCCCUUUGCCUGACUGUUAAAAGUUCUACAUAAAAACAUGCUAUUCUGAUGUAGGUUGUCUUUGCCCUGCUCCAACCACCUGGUCCUGCUCUGCCCUCUUCCACCCAGCAGAGGGAGCUGCUUCUUCAUUUUCAAUUUGCUGUUGUUUUAGCUUCUACAUUUGUCUUCUACUCUUCUGAUCUCAGAGAAGUUAAACCAGGUUCUAUUAGUUGGAGUGCUGCUGGACCUGUUAGCCGUAUGCUAGUGUCCGUCAGUCAUGGGAAGAUGCCAUAUCUUAGCCAUAAGAAACUGAACCGGCUUCUUUAUUACACAUCACCUGACCCCUGGAAUACAGACAUGAGUUAACCAUUCAGAACAAGGCACUUAAAAGGUUCUAUGUGCAGUAUUAUGAUAAAUGUAUGCAAAACUUAUUUUUAAGGGGGAGAGGCCUCACACAAGUAUGAGGGCUUACACCUUCUUUUGAUUUAUCCACUUAAUAACUUGCUUAUUAUAAUUUCUUGCUCUUGAAAAAAAGAUGUCUCCUUUGAAAGCCAAAACCUUAAAGCCUGUAAUAUGUUUCUAACUGCACGCUUAAAGCAUUUUAUAUUGUACACCUUAUUACAGAGGCAUUAGUCAGAUGACAUGACAUUUAUAUGGUUGUAACAUUUAGUCUGCUGGAGUCAUUGGAUUGGUUUUAAAGGCUCUUCAUGUGGUGGUGUAUAUGCAUGUUAAGAUGGCAACAUUCAUUGGAUCAUUGUUAGAACAUAUGUUAGUCUGCUUCUCCUGUUUCCCAAACUCCCAGACAAACUAGCCGUCUGCAUUGCACUACUUUUUGUCUGCUACCAUUAUGUUGGCCAUAGUUACUCAGGCCAAGAUACAGAACCAUUUCAAUUGGAGCUGGCUAGCUAGUUGCCAACUACCUCAGCUCCCAUGACUAACUUAGAGACAACAUUUCCCAUGUAACCCCUCCCCACCACCACCACACACACACUCCAGUACUCCAUUAUAUCACGUAUCAACAUGUACCACACUUCUUUUAUUGCCACCAAGUCAAAUGCCAAGUCUUGAGCUCCCAGCAGGCCUUGUGUUCAGAUGCUCAGUGAACAGUGUCUGUUUAGAGUAGGUCAAGGCCUUGCUCCUCCAGCUAGUUUGCCCAAUGAUAAUUGCACUUGCAUUCUAUAUAAUACUGUUAGAAUGCCACCAGUAACAUUUCAAUGCUUUCUAUAAAACAUUACGCCAUGGGACAUUAGUCUACAUAACGUUUGCAGACCAAGUCGCUAAACGAAGAGAGGGCCAGCUAGGUGGACGAUGUUAAGCUCUAUAUGACUUCACAUGUCCACUGAGGAGUAGAAGCACAGCAAUGCAACCCGUAAUCCUCCUACAGAAGGCACCCGCUCUGAGAGCCACUGGCCACUACAUACCCCUCACUGCUGAACCUGUCUAGGUACACCUAGAGCUAUCCUGUAAGAAAUAUGCCAAUACAGACCUGCUUUGAGUCUCAGUCCGCGUUGCAAACCUGUCUGGUUCUUUGUGCCUUUCUUCUUUACUGUCUUCAACUCCAAGAUGUGAUGAGCAGCGUUGUCUUGUUGGGGGUCCGUAGUGAUUGCAGUGUAUUCUAUAAAAACAAAUAAUUUUAAGACAAAAAAAAGUCAUUUAAAGCAUCAUGGUUAUGUAAUUUUAAGAUUAGUUCUGUUGGUAAAGCUUUGUGAUUGUGAUUCUGUACUGAAAAAUAUGAAGACUGAACUUUUAUUUUUAUUUUUUACCCUUUUUGCCUUAUUUUUUCUUGUUUUGUGCAAAAUGUUUUUAUUGUAUAAUGAAUGUUAUGUUUCUAUCAAAUAUUAAUCUUGUUUAAGAAUUGUUGCCGUCAAUUCAAAUACUUCUAUGUAUUUUUUGAUCAGUAGAAAACCUUUAAUUGUGAAUUGAACUUCUUUAAAGCUAAAAAGAAAAACAAAAUAAGAUCCACAUUUCAUGCAUUUUUUUGUUGUUUCUGUUAGCGUCAGUAGCUUAUCAGACAAGGUUGGAACCAACACCUGGUCUGUGCCUGAAUUACUUCUGCCAAGCGGAAGGAGUUGACUGAAUAUCUGCUGAUGUUGAAGAUGACUGCCAUUUUUAAAAAA